CGACAUAGUAGAAGAUUACUUGAAUAUUAUUGUUGAAAGCAAUCUAGUGAUGCUUGCUAAGAGGAGUUGUGGUGUCAAGGUCAAAGUAUGUCGCAUUCAUGAUAUCUUGUUUCAUUUCUGCAAGGCAAGAGCACACAAGGAGGAUCUUAUACAACGUAUAGAACGGUCCCAAGGAGACUUUUACUCUUACAAGUAGCUUUGCUCGACGUCGACCGGCCUUCUAUGCUAAAGUUGAUCUAGUAUCAUGGAGUUUGUCUUGCUCACUUGUCGUCUCAGAUCGUUCAAGGGAGCUAACGCAAAUGCAUCCUCUUCAAUUGCUCAAGCCUCAAACAUAUUUCACAAUUUUAAGUUUCUAAAAGUAUUGGAUUUGGAGUUCACUGUGAUUGAUUCAUUCCCAACUAAGCUAGUCUACUUGAGGUAUUUUGCUGCACGAACUUCUAAGGAGUCAAUUACACCGUCCGUAGACAAGCUGUGGAAUCUUGAAACUUUGAUAAUCACGAAAGGGAAUCUAUCAGUACCCAUGACAGUUUGGAAGAUGGCUAAAUUGAGACAUCUUCACAUUUCCCAUUGCUUGACUUCAGAAGAGUUAAGUGACGAAUCCUCAAAACUUGACUAUUUGGGAACUUUUUCCACUCCAUAUUUUUCUUGUGUCGAGGAUGCAGGAUUGAUGCUGAGAAAAACACCUAAUAUUCGGGAACUGAGAUGCAAAUUUAAGGGUCUGUGCAGUGGUCAAUUCCCUAUACUGGGUGCAAAACAGCUUAAGGUGCUGAACAUUUUCGAUGAUCGGCCCGUAAAAGUCCUAUCAUAUCUUGUAUGCAUCUCCGCGUCAAAUAUCAAAAAAUUGAAAGUAUCCUUCUUAAGACUGGGCCUUCAACACUUAUCAAACAUUGCUCAGUUUCAGAACCUUCAGGAACUCGAACUGAAUUUUGUUGAAUUUGAGGAUAAUGAAUGGAAAGUGAGCAGUGACGAGUUCCCUCAACUCAAAGUCUUGAAACUACAAAGUUUAAUUCAACUUGAAAAAUGGAUUGUUUCUGACGAAGCCUUUCCUUAACUUGAACACUUGGUUUUUCAUGAUUGAGAACUUUUGAAUGAGAUCCCAUCUUGUUUCAAAGAUAUCUCUUAUCUAAAGUCCAUUGAGGUACGGGGAU